GGACACUUGUGACAACAAUUCACUGUCAAGAUGGUGACGCUGGAGACGACGGGACAGUCGAGUUUAUUCUUCAACAUUCAGGAUCACCCUUUUAUGUUGACGAGGCAACUGGUGGCUUAUACGCUGGUACUGGGUUAGACUACGAAGUAACCCAGUCAUACACACUGACGAUAACUAUUGUAGAUAAAUCCAGGACGUCAAUCAAAUCCUCUACCGGUACAUUUAAUGUUAUUAUUAUCAACGAAAACGAAAGCGAUCCUGUUUGCGAGACUGUAGAACCGAUUAUAGUAACACCAAACAGCCAUGAUGUUGGAGAUAUGAUAUGCCAGCUUAACUGUACAGAUCUCGAUUUGAAUACGGCUCUAAGAUUUGCCAUUCUUCGAGACCACUCCAGCAUGUUCCAUGUGCAAUCUAGCACUGGUUCUGUCAGACUGCGAGCUCAGCCUGUAGCAGGUUCUCACAUUGUUGUGAUUGGCGUCAGCGACCAAAGUAAACCUGAACGUUUGACCGAAGUCUUUGUUCAUAUCAGCGUGGAGACGAAACUUAAGUUCACGAAUCUUCCAGACAGAACAUCCUUAUCUGAGGAUGCAGGUAUUAACAGUCUGGUGUAUAAUGUUUCAGCGUCAGGCGCUUACGAAAACAUCAUUUAUGAGAUCAUCAACGGUAACAAUGACAGAAGUUUCACCUUGCAUCAGACAAAGGGAGAAUUUAGACUCGUCCGACGGCUAGACAGAGAAACUAUCAGCUCGUAUAAUAUAUCAAUAAGAGCAACAACAAGGAAUGGACAGACAAUAGACGACACUUUAUUAAUUGAUAUUAAUGAUAUUAAUGAUAACUGCCCCAUUUAUAGUAGUUCUUUUGAUCACAUCAGCGUUUCAGAGAGUGUGUCCUUUCCGACUACGCUGAUGCAGAUCACAGCCACUGAUCGGGACAUUCUAGAAAAUGCUGAAAUAGUUUACAGAAUUCUGUCUGGCGACCCUGACAACAUGUUCAAGUACACUUCGAAUGGAGAGCUACAGUUAGUGAAACACCUUGACUUCGAGACACAACCAUUUCACACACUGUUGCUGUGCGCCGUCAACAAAGUAUUCCCACCACUGAAUAGUACGAUGAUAGUAAAUGUGGGGGUAAUUGAUGAAGAUGACAACAACUUCAAAAUAAUGUCCUCUGGAGGUAAAAUUUCUUUGUUAGUGCCAGAAGAUGCAGCUCUUGGUGCACCCGUUGUCAAAAUUCAGGUGCAGAACAAUGACACUAUCUCAGAUUUGACAUUUACAAUAAUAAGCGGUAACAGCAAAAAUAAUUUCACUAUUGACGAGAGAACAGGCGAAGUGUACCUGAUCUUUGCCCUGGACAGGGAAACGGCCGCUUUCUUGACUCUUACAAUACAUGUCAGUGGCAGCAGUGGGAAAACAGACACCACCAUUGUUAAUAUAACUAUAACUGACGUCAACGAUAACAAACCCGUAUUUACCCCGUAUAACUACGUGUUUCUGGUGCCAUAUGGCACCAGUGCUGGAACUGCUAUAGGCACGCUAUCAGUGACAGAUUCAGACGCCGGGGUCAACAAAGACCUAACCUUGUCCAUCACGUCUGGAAAUACCAAUAACGCAUUUAGAUUAAGUGGCACCACCUUAAUUGCUGCAUCAUUGCUGAACUCUAAUUUAAACAGUCACUACGAACUGCAGAUUAUGGCCUCAGAUCAUGGCAUGCCAGCUGGACAUGCGACUGCUAAUGUUAGCAUUUUAAUCCAGUCAGAAUUGAAAAUGCCGAAGUUCUCACCCAAAACUAAUGAAAUAUCCAUAGAAGAAACAUGUCUACCUGGAGUGGUGCUGUAUGAUGCAAACGCAACUUUUCGCGGUGCCACCGAAAAAUCACUGAAUCACCCUGGAGAUCUAGUGUACUCACUGAGAAGUGGAGAUACGGCUACAUUCUAUGUAGACCCUGACAAUGGUAAAGUACAGCUUAUUGGUACUCUGAGCUUUUCGCUUCAGACAUCACAAACCUUAAUAAUCACAGCUGCAAAUAAUAUGGAUACAACACUAAGCGAUAGCUUCAAUUUGAUUGUCAAAGUUGUGCAAGCAAACAAGCAUGAUCCAGCUUUUGGCGAAAACAUGGUCACAUUGAAUGUCAGUGAAAGCACCAUUGUUGGCACAGUUGUAGGUCAGAUAACCGCCACAGACAAGGAUACCGGGCAGUAUGGCAACCUGCGAUACUCUAUAGAAUCUAAUGAUCGUUUCCAUGUUAAUUCGUCGACAGGGGUAAUCACGUUAAUCAAAGCCCUGGAAUAUUCAACAGCUAAAAGUUAUCAUCUUCUAGCCAAAGCCACCGAUAAUGCUGAGAUCAAAAGCAGGACAGCCACAGUUCUGGUCUGUGUAUUUGUUAUUGACACGAAUAAUAACCCACCAGUGUUCAAAAACACGCCUUAUGUUGUUAAUGUGUCCGAAUCCUUGCCCCUUGGAAGUUUCUUACAAGUUAUAGCCGAAGAUUUAGACUCGGGAGAAUUUGGAGCAGUCUCUUACUCAAUAGUCUCAGGCAAUUUUGACGGCAAGUUUACGCUAAAUUCGAGAAGUGGAGAAUUGGCUCUCAGUUCUAACCUUGAUUUUGAAAGUUCCCGCCGUCACGUUUUGAUUAUUAAAGGACAAGAUGGUGGCAAACCUGACGAUAUCGACACUGCUCCGCGUUUCGACAAAAUCGCCACAGAUAUGUUGAUCAAACGUGACAGUCCAGCCAUGACCCCCGUCUGUCAGGUCUCCGCUUCAGGCAAAGACUCGGGCAGAAACGGCAUAGUUAGAUACACAAUCCAGGACGGAAACAAGGAAAACUUGUUUAGGAUUGAUUCUCUCAGCGGCGAGGUCACAACUACCUCGUCUCUUGUCCGAGCUGACAGCUAUCAGACACUGAUAGUUGCAGCCAUGUAUCCAGGUUUACCACAUUUGUCGGCAACCAUGACAGUUAGCAUAGCACUGACGCCCAUGAACAAAGUUGCCCCAGGUGACUACGCCCUUGAUGUCAGGGAGAAUGAACGUGUUGGUACUUUGGUAGGAUCGAUUCCCAGUGAUCCAGCAUUGUCUUUGAUCAGAGGCUACUCAAUCAUGCAAGUUUUUUUUCUCAGUAUUUUAUUUAUGCGAUAA